GGCCCCGCCCCGACCCCGGCCGGCAGGGACGUCAGGGCGGCGGGCUCGAGGCGGCGGCGGCUCCCCUGAGCGGCGGCCGGUGGCGAGAGCCAGGGCGAGGGUGAGGCCGGCGGUGCUGGCCACGGGAUGAGGAAGCGGACCGAGCCCGUCGCCCUGGAGCAUGAGCGCCACGCAGCCUCGGGCUCGUCCUCCGCCGGCUCGGCCGCCGCGGCGCUGGACGCCGACUGCCGCCUGAAGCAGAACCUGUGCCUGUCGGGCCCCGGGCCGGCCGAGCCGCGCUGCGCCGCCGACGCGGGCAUGAAGCGGGCGCUGGGCAGGCGAAAGGGCCUGUGCUUCCGACUGAGGAAGAUACUCCUCUGUGUCAUGGGGUUGUACGUGGCCAUCCCAUUUCUCAUCAAACUGUGUCCUGGGAUACAGGCCAAACUGAUUUUCUUGAAUUUCGUGCGCGUUCCCUAUUUCAUUGAUUUGAAAAAACCGCAGGAUCAAGGUUUGAAUCACACCUGUAAUUACUACCUCCAGCCAGAGGAAGACGUGACCCUUGGAGUCUGGCACACUGUCCCCUCUGUCUGGUGGAAGAACGCCCAAGGGAAGGACCAGAUGUGGUAUGAGGAUGCCUUGGCUUCUAGCCACCCGAUUAUCCUGUACCUGCACGGGAACGCGGGCACCAGAGGAGGCGACCACCGGGUGGAGCUUUACAAGGUGCUGAGUUCCCUUGGCUACCACGUGGUUACCUUUGACUACAGAGGUUGGGGUGACUCAGUAGGAACACCGUCGGAGCGGGGCAUGACGUACGACGCGCUCCAUGUUUUUGACUGGAUCAAAGCGCGAAGUGGAGACAACCCUGUGUAUAUUUGGGGCCAUUCCCUUGGCACCGGAGUGGCCACAAACCUGGUACGGCGCCUCUGUGAGCGAGAGACACCUCCAGAUGCCCUCAUAUUGGAAUCUCCAUUUACUAAUAUCCGUGAAGAAGCUAAGAGCCAUCCAUUCUCAGUGAUCUAUCGAUACUUCCCUGGGUUUGACUGGUUCUUCCUUGAUCCCAUCACAAGCAGUGGAAUUCAGUUUGCAAAUGAUGAAAACGUGAAGCAUAUCUCCUGCUCCCUGCUCAUCCUACACGCCGAGGACGACCCGGUCGUGCCCUUCCAGCUCGGCAGAAAGCUGUACAACAUUGCUGCACCGUCACGCAGCUUCCGAGACUUCAAGGUUCAGUUCAUCCCCUUCCACUCGGACCUUGGCUACAGGCACAAGUACAUCUACAAGAGCCCUGAGCUUCCACGGAUCCUGAGGUGUCCUCCUCUGGUCCAGGGAAUUCCUGGGGAAGUCGGAACCAGGGCGCCAGCACUGAGUGUUACUCGUCACCUGAAGGAGCAUGAAGAUGUCUGCCCUUGUCCCCCCUUCCUCCGGCCAGCCCGGCACCCUGGAGAUGCGCCUGGAGAGAGAACUCGGAUGCCAGCGGGCCAGGCAGAGGAGGCCCUGGCAGACCUGAGGCACCCGCCCCGGGUGGCUGGGAGCACAGGUCUCUGUGGACAGCGUGGGUGGCGGGCAUGUGGCCCUCUCUCUCUCUUGCUGCCACUCAACCUGAGGUCUUGUCGGGAAGACCGUGACAGAGCUUUCUGGACAUCGGCUAGUUGAUCCCACACUUCCUGAGCUGGGCACCAGGAGCCUGGGGCAGGAGGCGUGGGGUCUUGGGACCACGUUGAGCUUUCUGGCACCACCCUCAGGAAUGUGGGGAAACUUGGGUUCUUUCUAUCCCUUCCCAGAACGGACUCUAGUGGUUCCAUCGGCCCCUUCCGCCCUGUGCACCCCGCUUGCCUUCCUUGGUGUCCCUGCCUCCCUGGGCGGCCGCACUGCUCCCAGCGGGGGAGGUGCCCGUGGUCUGCCUUCCUCCUAUUUCCACCCACCUGUCUACCUAACCUGGCCUUAGACUGAGCAUUUAUUUAAGAAUAAAAUCGUGGUGGUGGUC